UUCUGUUUUCCGCGCCUCGCCAGCCUCGCCCAGCCGCCCAGCCUUCCGUCUUUGCUUCGGUCGCCUAAAGAAAGAGCAACCACAGUCCCACAGUGUUUUCCAACGAUGCCUAAGCAAUCCGCGAACGAAGGAAGGAUUGUCUACACGAGGGAGGAGCGCGAUCUCCUCCGAGCACUUGUUCAAAAAUACUGGAAAGUUAUAGAAGAUAAAAGAACUAACAACUCCUCGAAAGAGGCUAAACUUGAAGCAUGGGAAAAACUCUGCACUGAGUAUAACUGCCAGCCGAAUGUCUGUCCAAGGGACGUUAAACAACUAAAAAAGUGUUGGGAUAACGCUAAAUCCAGAUGGAAAAAAAGUGACUCGGAGGAGAAGCGCGACAUCCACGCAACAGGAGGGGGCCCCCGUACCUGCCGGCCCAUGAGCCCUUCCCUCCAGCUUGUGGGGGCACUGGCGUCCCACAUGGCGACACGGCUGGGAAACCCGCACGACAGCGACUGUGCCCAUGCUGACCAGCCGGUGCUGUCACUGCCGCCGGCUGCCAUGCUGGAAGCAAUGGUUGACCAGCGCGCCAACUUGGACAUGAUGCCGGAUUCUCCUGCCUUGCCCGCUUCGCCUGCAUCGCCACCACUGGACUGGGGUGACAGCAUGGAGCCGGCAUUUGCUGCAUCGCCACCCAGGCCCCCAAACCCUCCGUCUCCUCAACCGACCCGUGUGGCCCCCCGAGCGAAACCGGCUGUAGGCCGCGUCGCAGCUUUUGAGGCGAUGUUGGCUCCAGAAACGAAUGCCCGUGUGGCCGCCCUGGAGAGGGAGGAGCUGCGCAAGGAGGAGCUGCACCAGUUGCAGGUGCAGCUGCUUCGUGGCCAGCAGCAGCGUAUCGAGCUGGAACUUGAGCUGCUCCAGCUCGACAAGCGAAUUAAGCUGCAACAGCUGCUUGCUCUCGAAGCAAAAACACAAGAUUAGGUGGAUUUUUUUUAGCGUUGCAUUUUAGUUUAUUACAUUAAGUUUCACUUUCUUUUUGUGUAUGGUUGGUUUUUUAAAGGGUAUUAAUUCGUUCAUUUUGUCCCUGUUUAGUAAAGUCUUCUUUCUUUUUUCCUUUUUUUAACUUGGUGGUGUAAUAAUCAUUUGUAGUGAACUUUCUAUACAAAAGGGCAGUUGCAUCAACUUUCGAUGCAUUCUCUCAAAGAAAAGGAGGUAGCCCAGUAUUUUGUUUCUUUCUUUACGCCGAUUUUUUAAGAGAGGAAGUAAUUAUGAUGCAAGUGUUCAGGCAGGGGGAAGUUAGUCGGCCCCAAUAAGUGUCUAUCCACAUACUCCAAGCUGUGAUGCUUUAACACAUACUGCCACCGGCCCCCCUGGAGGAAGCGUAGCAAUAUAUUUUUUUCUUAUGUACAAACAGAUGUUGCCAGCACUUUACCAUUGUUCUAUUGCCAUGUUGGUUUUAUUAUUGUGUGAUUUGUGCAUGCUGUCUUGUGAAUUAAAUGUUGUGAACCAUCAUUGAAUUCAGACGUGUCCCAUUUACUGUCAAAACAUUCGUGCCAUAAACCCUAUAUGGACUUAUGCCACCACCCAGAAUAAAGUCAACACCAUCUUGACUAGCCAAGGUUUGCUCACUGCCUUUUUGUGGCCCACUGCAAAGUGCCAGUGCAGCAAUUGGGCCCAAGCUUGCAGCCGACUACAUACUG